GCCCUUGUUUGUGUCAGCCUCGGUGUGUUAAGAACUUAGUGGUGGUGGAGGAAGGUCUAGCGUGGCCCAGGGAAGGAAGGGUGUGUGAGAAACAAGAUAACAAACAUUAAUGUCUCCAUGUUGUAAAUUGCCGCCAGUGUCAAUUGUAACCUGAAUUCUAAUAAAUGGCAUAAACCUCUUGAUCAUGACCUUUCUGGUUGGAAAUGUUUUGUGUUGGUGAUAGCAAGUUCCGUACAAGCUGAUUUGAUGGUAUUUCUCUACUAAAAUUCGUGGAUGGAAAACUCUUGCUCGUGGAAUUUAGUGCUGCCUCGACAAUGAAUAUUUUAUAAGCACAGGAUACAGAAUACUGGACCUUUCAUCCAAAAGACAAUACUGGUGAUUUUAUCCAGGAAACACCGACAUCCAUUGCCAGUAUGGCAAUGGAAAGCAAAGCUCCCCUGCGUGUAGUCCGCAGGGUGCAAUUUGGUAUUUUAAGCCCAGAUGAAAUUCGGCGUAUGUCAGCCACAGAAGGUGGUAUAAAGUACGCUGAAGUAUAUGAGAAUGGGCGACCCAAGCUAGGUGGGCUGAUGGAUCCACGUCAAGGAUGUUUAGACAGGAACACCCGGUGCACAACAUGUGCUGGUAAUAUGACAGACUGUCCUGGACACUUUGGACACUUGGAGUUGGCCAAGCCUGUGUUUCACGUGGGCUUCCUAACAAAAACUAUGAAGAUUUUACGUUGUGUCUGCUUCUAUUGUAGUAAACUUCUCUUUAAUGCACAAUAUCCAAAGAUUCGUGAAAUUGUAACAAAGUCAAAGGGCCAACCUCGAAAGCGAUUGCAACAUGUCUACAACUUGUGUAAGGGAAAGAUGAUUUGUGAAGGUGGAGAUGAAAUUGAUGUAAGCAAAGAUCCAGAGGACCCCAACAUGAGCAAAAAGGGAAGCGGCCAUGGUGGUUGUGGUCGUUAUCAGCCAAACAUUAAGCGUGUGGGAUUGGAGCUUGUUGCUGAGUGGAAGCAUGUGAAUGAGGACACUCAAGAUCGGAAACAGAUUCUCACGGCUGAGCGCGUGUAUGAAAUAUUCAAGCAUAUUUCAGAUGAGGAAUGUUACCUCCUGGGUAUGGACCCUAAAUAUGCAAGACCUGACUGGAUGAUCAUGACAGUACUACCAGUGCCGCCUCUCCCAGUGCGACCAGCUGUCGUCAUGCAUGGGUCAGCCCGUAACCAGGAUGAUCUUACGCACAAACUGGCAGACAUUAUUAAGGCCAACAAUGAACUUGUGCGCAAUGAACAAGCUGGUGCAGCUGCUCACAUCAUAGUUGAGAACUUAAAGAUGCUCCAGUUUCAUGUGGCCACAUUAACAGACAAUGACAUGCCUGGAAUGCCCAGAGCCUUACAAAAAUCCGGAAGGCCGCUCAAGGCCAUCAAAGCUCGUCUCAAGGGUAAGGAAGGCAGGAUUCGUGGUAACCUCAUGGGAAAGCGUGUGGACUUUUCUGCUCGAACUGUCAUCACAGCCGAUCCUAACCUUCGCAUUGACCAAGUUGGAGUGCCUCGAUCCAUUGCCCAGAAUCUUACCUACCCAGAAAUUGUAACACCAUUUAAUAUGUCCAAGAUGAUGGAGCUUGUGAAGCGUGGUAACAACCAAUAUCCAGGAGCUAAGUACAUUGUACGUGACAACGGGGCUCGCAUUGAUUUGCGUUAUCAUCCAAAACCAUCUGACCUCCACCUUCAGUGUGGCUAUAAGGUUGAGAGGCACAUCACAGAUGGUGACUUGGUUAUUUUCAACCGUCAACCCACUCUGCAUAAAAUGUCCAUGAUGGGACACAGAGUAAAGGUUUUGCCAUGGUCAACCUUCCGAAUGAACUUGUCUGUAACAUCACCCUACAAUGCUGAUUUUGAUGGAGAUGAAAUGAAUCUCCAUGUACCCCAGAGUAUGGAGACUAGAGCUGAAAUUGAGAACUUGCACGUGACUCCUCGUAUGAUCAUCACCCCACAGGCCAACAAACCAGUUAUGGGUAUUGUACAAGACACCCUAACUGCUGUUAGGAAGAUGACCAAGCGAGAUGUAUUCCUUGAGAAGUCCGAGAUGAUGAACCUGUUGAUGUUCUUGCCUAUCUGGGAUGGACGUAUGCCCCAGCCAGCCAUUCUUAAACCCAAACCACUGUGGACAGGGAAACAGCUGUUCUCUCUCAUCAUCCCUGGUAACCUUAACCUGGUCAAGACACAUUCCACCCACCCUGAUGAUGAAGAUGACGGGCCUUACAAGUGGAUAUCUCCCGGCGACACCAAGGUCUUGGUGGAACACGGAGAACUGGUCAUGGGUAUUUUGUGCAAAAAGACCCUUGGUGCUUCAUCAGGAUCCAUGUUGCACGUUGCAUGGAUGGAAUUGGGUCAAGAAAUUGCUGGUAGAUUCUAUGGUAACAUUCAGACUGUCGUUAAUAACUGGUUGCUCCUGGAAGGUAUGAGUAUUGGAAUUGGAGAUACCAUUUCCGAUCCUGCAACAUACCGAGUUAUUCAGGAUACCAUUCGCAAAGCCAAGGAAGAUGUGAUAGAAGUGAUCCACAAAGCUCACAACGAUGAACUUGAACCUACUCCUGGUAACACACUGAGGCAGACUUUCGAGAAUCAAGUAAAUCGUAUUCUCAACGAUGCUCGAGACAAGACUGGUGGUUCUGCCAAGAAGUCAUUGACAGAAUACAAUAACCUAAAGGCUAUGGUGGUGUCAGGUUCAAAGGGAUCCAAUAUUAAUAUUUCUCAGGUUAUUGCUUGUGUGGGUCAACAGAACGUUGAAGGUAAAAGGAUUCCAUUUGGGUUCCGAAAGAGAACUCUUCCUCACUUCAUCAAGGAUGAUUAUGGUCCCGAGUCCAGAGGCUUCGUGGAGAAUUCAUACCUUGCCGGCCUGACUCCUUCCGAGUUUUAUUUCCAUGCUAUGGGUGGUCGUGAGGGUCUUAUUGAUACUGCUGUGAAGACUGCAGAAACAGGAUACAUCCAGCGACGUCUGAUCAAGGCUAUGGAGAGCGUAAUGGUAAACUAUGAUGGUACUGUGAGAAACAGUGUGAGUCAAGUGAUUCAGCUCAGGUAUGGUGAAGACGGCUUGGCUGGAGAGUACGUAGAGUUCCAGAAGAUGCCAACCGUCAAACUGUCAAAUCGCAGGUUUGAAGACAAGUACAGGUUUGAUGUUACCAACGAGAGAUACCUUCGCAGAUUGUUUAAUGAAGAUGUUGUUCGUGAAUUGAUUGGAUCGCCGGAGGCAAUUAGCAUCCUUGAAGGUGAAUGGCAGAAACUUCAAGAAGACAGGCUUGGAUUGCGAUCAGUUUUCCCCAAGGGUGACACCAAGGUGGUACUUCCAUGCAACUUGGAGCGCAUGAUCUGGAAUGUGCAGAAGAUCUUCCACAUUAACAAGAGGACACCAACAGAUUUAUCACCAGUCAGAGUAGUGGAUGGUGUAAGAGAAAUGUUAAACAAGUGUACCAUUGUAUCGGGUGAUGAUCGAAUCAGCUUACAGGCUAACGAGAAUGCUACAUUCUGUUUCCAGUGCUUAGUCAGGUCAACUUUGUGCACCAAGAAAGUAGCUGAGGAGUAUAAACUUACCAGUGAAUCCUUCAACUGGCUUGUUGGUGAAAUUGAAACCAGAUUCCAUCAAGCAAUUGCUGCUCCUGGAGAAAUGGUGGGUGCUCUUGCUGCCCAGUCACUUGGUGAACCUGCUACCCAGAUGACACUGAACACUUUCCAUUUUGCUGGUGUAUCAUCCAAAAAUGUAACACUGGGUGUGCCAAGGCUCAAGGAAAUCAUCAACAUCAGUAAGAAACCCAAGGCUCCCUCCCUCACAGUAUUCCUCGUUGGAGCUUCAGCCAGGGAUGCUGAGAAGGCAAAGAACGUCCUGUGUCGCCUGGAACACACUACCUUGCGUAAGGUAACUUCCAAUACUGCCAUCUACUAUGAUCCAGACCCACAGAACACUUGCAUUACUGAGGACCAGGAGUUUGUCAAUGUUUACUAUGAAAUGCCUGACUUUGAUGUAUCCAGGAUUUCUCCCUGGCUUCUUCGUAUUGAACUUGACCGCAAAAAGAUGACAGAUAAGAAGCUAACUAUGGAACAGAUAUCCCAAAAGAUCAACUCAGGUUUUGGAGAUGACUUGAAUUGCAUCUUCAAUGACGACAAUGCUGAGAAACUUGUCCUUCGGAUCCGUAUUAUUGUUGGUGAUGACAAGCUGGCCGAUGAUGCUGAGGAACAGGUGGAUAAGAUGGAGGAUGAUACCUUCUUGAGGUGCAUUGAGGCAAACAUGCUGAAUGACUUAACACUACAGGGCAUUGAGGCCAUCACUAAAGUAUACAUGCAUUUGCCCCAAACUGAUGAGAAGAAACGCAUCAUUGUCAAUGACCAAGGAGAGUUUAAGGCUAUUGCAGAGUGGCUGCUUGAGACUGAUGGUACUGCCCUUAUGAAAGUACUUUCAGAGCGAGAUGUUGACCCUGUUAGGACAUCCUCUAAUGACAUCUUGGAGGUGUUUGAAGUUCUUGGAAUUGAAGCUGUACGAAAAUGUAUUGAGAAGGAAAUGAACGCUGUGCUGAUGUUCUAUGGUCUCUAUGUAAACUACCGCCAUCUUGCCUUGCUUUGUGACGUAAUGACCAGUAAGGGUCACUUGAUGGCUAUCACACGUCAUGGUAUCAACAGGCAGGAUACUGGUGCACUUAUGAAAUGUUCCUUUGAAGAGUCUGUGGAUGUGUUGAUGGAAGCUGCAUCCUGUGCUGAAGUGGACCCAAUUCGAGGUGUGUCUGAAAACAUCAUGUUAGGACAGCUUCCCAAGAUUGGCUCUGGAUCAUUUGACUUGGUAUUGGAUGAUGCAAAGUGUAAGUUGGGUAUGGAAAUUCCCAUGCCUGGAACGGGAAUGAUGAUGGGUGGUGGUAUCUUUGGAGCUGCAUCUCCAUCAUCGGGCAUGACACCUGCGCAGACUCCUUGGGCUUCAGGAGCUACACCAUCAAUGUCACCUUAUGGUGCAUGGACUCCUGGUGUAGGAAGUGGUAUGACACCAGGUGGACCAGCCUUCUCUCCAGCUGCAGCCAGUGAAACUACAGGACUGUCACCUGGUUAUUCUCCAGCUUGGUCUCCACAACCUGGCAGCCCAGGAUCUCCAAGCUGCAUGAGUCCAUACUUCCCAAGUCCAGCCAAUGCUUUCUCUCCCUCGUACUCGCCAUCAUCACCAGCAUAUCAGCCUACGUCUCCCAGCAUGACUCCGGCCUCGCCAGGUUAUUCUCCAACAUCACCCACUUACAGUCCAACUAGCCCUCAGUACUCCCCAACCUCGCCACAGUACUCCCCAACCAGCCCAUCAUACUCACCAACAUCACCAUCAUAUAGUCCCACCUCUCCCUCUUACUCCCCUACCUCACCAUCCUACUCUCCAACCUCACCUUCAUAUUCUCCAACUUCACCAUCCUAUUCUCCCACCUCCCCCUCUUAUUCCCCUACUUCCCCAUCUUAUUCCCCAACAAGUCCGUCAUAUUCACCUACUUCCCCAAGCUACAGCCCCACUUCUCCCUCCUACUCCCCUACCAGUCCCUCCUACUCUCCCACAUCUCCAUCUUACUCCCCAACAUCACCAUCCUACUCCCCUACCUCUCCAAGUUAUGCUCCCAACUAUUCCCCAUCAUCUCCAGGUUACUCCCCAACCAGUCCGUCCUACUCCCCAACCAGUCCGUCCUAUUCCCCCAGCUCUCCUCAAUACUCUCCUGCUUCACCAUCUUAUUCCCCAUCUUCACCCAAGUACUCACCAACAAGUCCCAACUAUUCCCCAACCAGCCCCACCUACUCGCCUGGGUCACCCUCAUAUUCCCCCAGCUCACCCAAGUAUUCACCCACAAGUCCAACUUACUCACCCACUUCUCCAUCAUACUCCCCAUCCUCCCCAAAAUAUUCCCCAACAUCACCCAACUACUCACCAACAUCACCCAAAUAUUCUCCCACGUCACCGACAUAUAGUCCUUCCAGUCCCCAGUAUAGCCCAUCUAGCCCCAAAUAUUCCCCAACUUCACCGACCUACAGCCCAAGUAGUCCCAAAUAUAGUCCAACAAGUCCAACCUACAGCCCGACCACUCCAGGCUACAGUCCAACCUCUCCUCUGUACUCUCCAAGUUAUGAAGAAGACGAAGAAGAGCAAAGGAGAAAGCAGAAGAAGAAAUCAAAGCGUUGAGACUUAUGACCUGGAGACUUGUGGUAGUUAUUUUGUCAUGUUUCUGAUACCUAUAGUGUAGCAGGGAAGGGCCUGAAAGACUGAUAAGAAAUCAGAUCCUUUAAUAGGGUGUUUUAUCAUUAGUUUACGUGUAACUAAGCAUAAAGGGAGCAAGUUUGGUUUGCCUUGAAAGGAAUAUAUAUAUAUUUUUUGUACACACAGCCAUCCUUUUCUUUUCCAAUAAGAUUCAGUUCUGGGUAAUUGAGAACCAGAAGUGAAUGGUGAUUGAAUACUACAUAACUAGACAACAAAUGAAAACAAAUAUAUGUCCUCCAUGACAACUAAGAAUAAUCAUGUUGGUGCACCUAAAAAAAUAAAAUAAUAAUAUUUACAGUCUAGACUACAAACAUUGAUAAGUUAAUUCAGACACUGUAUCUUACAUAUUAUUACUGUAUCUUACAUAUUAUUACUGUAUCUUACAUAUUAUUUUACACCUCGGAUGUAAAACAUAUUGAUAUCCUGGUGCACAAGUUCCUUUCUCCUUUAUAUUUUGGGAGAAAACUACAGUGUUUAUAAUUUUAAGACCAGUUUGAUUUUUAUGUACGUAAUGUUAAACCAACUCUCGCCUAAUCCGCUGGUUUAGGUUCAAACAGACUUCGCUGAUUAAUCGGUAGUAUCUAUGGAAAAUGGGGUUAUGUUCCUGCCAAAAUAUUAAUCUUAAAUUCUUUUGAAAUCCUAAGUGAUUAUUGGUUUUACCUGAAAUAUUACCUAAACCUUACUGAUUAAGAAUGCAGUGUGAUAUAAAAUUAGCAGUAAACAACUUAGUGGCCUGUUGGAUGUGGUUCUACUUUUAAAUAAAGCCAAAAUAUACCCCAGUGAAGGCAGUGUAGGCAGAAAAGAUCACUUGGGAUAUUGUAUUGCUUGAUUAGAAUGUCAAUUUUGAGUGAUAUCUACAGAAGAAAUUCUUACCUUGAUGCAAAAUUGAUUUGUACUUCUCAGUGUCAUCUACCUGCACAAGUGCUCAGUUUCUUGACCAUUAUAUAUUUGGAUGCUGUUUUUCAUAAAUUAUACACACUGUUGUUUUGUCACUCAUUAUUACACAUUAAAAAAGUAAUUGACAUAAUCGUAAGUAUAGAAUAUUUUUUUGUGAUGAAAAAAAAUUUAUUGGGUCGCAGUAUAAAGUAAUCAUCCGUCCCUCCUCCUACCAUACCAGUGAGCUCAAGGCCUUUUUACAGGACAGGUCACAAGGGGGUGAGGGAGGUAUUAAUGAUGGGAGACCUAGUAGUGGCGGGCCUGGGUAAGGUAGGAAGGCGCAUGUCAAGGACCACAUACAUAGUGAGAGUGUAUGUGGUCUUGGAAUUAUUUAAAGCCUGAAGAAGGUGUUAAGGCUGGUGGAUGUAGCUUGACAUUGACAACCUUGAUGACCCUGUCAGUUGAUAGACCUAAAGCCCAAACAACCAACCAAGCAGGAGGGCGAGUGUCCGGGGAGGUGUUAUAUGGAUGUAACUUUCCUUUAAUUAUCAAUGCCUUUACUUGAUAUUCUGGGGAGGAAUGUGAGUGAGCUUUUGGUGGGUAAUGUGUCAUUAGGGUUGAUAGGCAUCUGGCUUCCAUGAAGGAAAGCCCAUGAUAUGACAACAAAAGAGAGGAGUGGGCGUGGCUUGCUCACCACCGGUACCACGAAACGGGGUUAUUACUUGAUCUCUACCAUUCUUGAAAAGAAAAAAAAAAAUAUAUAUAUAUAUAUAUAUAUAUAUAUUAAUGGGAGAACAAAUUAAGAAUGAAUUACACUGUACUACUUGAUCACUUCCGCCUUUCGCCACUACCGUUAUUGAUAAACAAAUUAAGAGUGAAUGCUUUGAUAUAAUUUGAUUAGUCCACCCUUUUAUUAGAGUUGUGAAAAUCAUUGCUUGUGUUUGGUGAUGAGGUGGUAAUGGCAAUGGUGUUUGGCCACUGCAUCACACCAUACUCAGGUUGGACAAUAAGGAACGUCAAUUGGCGAGUCUCGGGCAAAUUAUCUGUUUGCACGUGGCAGGCUGCAACGUGUCAAAAAUUGCAAGGGAGGUUGGGGUCACUGUGACGUUGGUUAACCGGCUGGGAGGAGUCUGAGAACUUAAAUAACUGGGCGCCAUGAGUAUGUUUUAUGGUUUGCUGGCAUUUCAUAUAUUAAAAUGUCUAAUUUCAAGUGUGUAAUGUAGCCCAAAUUAUUUGAACACUUAAUUCAUAUAAGUGAUAUAAUUUUAGGCCAGGGAGACCCUAACUGAUAGGCGAGGAGGACAUUGGAUGGGCUAUUGAGAUUUAGUAUAACCUGCAUUGGUAAAUAUUAAAAAAUAAAUGAUUUCCACCCUUGUAUUCAAUGUUUCUCUUGUUAUCAACAUUAUUAUAAAUAUCUAAUUACCGUAUUUUAAAACCUGGACGUAAAAAAAAUUAAAUAAGGAAAUGGAUGGCAAAUUAUAAUAAGGGGUCUCAUCUACUACUCUUUCAAGCAUAUAAACCUAAGAUAAAGCAGAAUAGUGGGGGAAAAAGUUACAUCCAUCCAUCUCUUCCUUCCUCCUUUCAUGAAUUGCUCUGCUUUCUUCAAUCCCCUCUCUCGCCCCUGGGAGCAACUUCCAUUGCAUACCACACUCCUCCUCCAAGUCAACCAUUCCCCUCUCCACCCCACGUGACUUAAGCUAGGAUUCCACUCGCGCAUUUGCAGAGCGUUUGCACUUUCAAUCGCUACAGGAGGUGAUUGGCAUGUACUACAAAUGCAUAAUGCAAACGUAACCGUUAACAUUUCAGUGUGAUCUAUUUUUGGUGCUAAUGCAACUGCUAAUGUACGAAUGGAAUCCUAGCUUUACUGUGUAGAAAGACCCAUCCAGGCACAGGGGUUAGGUGGUGGAGUGGAUGAUUACUUUUGACUUUCUGUACUUGAGCGACUUUCUGUACUUGAGCUUAGUGUUACUUUGGAUGGUUAUAAACAUUACUUUCACCAUUUUCUCUCUUUAACAAACAUUACUCAGUAUAUUUAAUGCAAUUUACAGUGUACUUGAAGCUUGAAAAUCUUUAUAUUUAAUGGUAUAAUUUCUUCGUAAAAAUACUUUUAACAACAAAAGUACGUAUAAUUUUAGGUACCGAGGUAUUUUACAGCUUCGAACAGUAAAAGGGGCUAUACUAUAUUAUGUAUUACAAUUCAUUGGACAGUUUGGUGAAUCCCAAAAAUCUCUGGAUUGGAUGGGAUUUGCUGUACAGUAGAGUGUAUAAUUUUUUUUUAUGAAUCUUGAAUUUUAUGGAAAAAUUUUAGGAUUUGUUGGUUACGUUAAAAUUGCUGGCCUCUUAAUAGUCUGGUUUGGUAUUGUUGGAAAUCACAAAGUGAAGCUGAGGAAGUUUUAGUUAUAUAUGCAAGAGCUUUUAGUUUAUAUUUAUAUGUGAAGAAAUAAUAAGUUUUGUUUUAGACUUUAUUCAUGAAAUUUAAGAACAAUGGAAAUUUUCUUCUAUAGUUAAAGCAGAUUUUCAUAGUAAGGUCAUUUGAUGACUUUGUGGAUAUUGUCCAGUUUCAUACAUUGCUUUCUCCUUGGAUUCAUGGUGACAACACAAGCACUAAUUAGAGUGUAGUGUUGUUUUUCCUGUUUAAUAUAAAACAUUGGAAUACAAUAUAUAAAAUAAAAUACAAAAAAAUUGA